AUGGAUCUCUACCAUGCCACUUUCGCCUGUUCGAUUGUGCUCAACAGCCUCGUCUUCUACCAGUCGCAGCGCUCCCACACGUCUGCCGAGCCGCUGAGCCCGCGCAAAGGCGAGGAAAAGGAUCGCGUCGAUGGGGAUCGCGAGGCGCUGACCAAGCUGAAACGGAGGUAUUAUCCGAUUUAUCUGCUGGUGAAUGCGGCGGACUGGUUGCAGGGACCAUAUAUUUAUCCCAUUUAUAAAGAUGAAAAAGGUCUACCUGAACAGACUGUCGCCUUCCUCUUCAUGAUUGGUUUCGUGUCCGCGGGCAUCAGCGCAUCCUUUGCCGGCUCGUUUGCGGAUCGCCAUGGUCGCAAGACUGCCUGUCUGGCAUUCUGCGUCAUCUACUCGCUGUCGUGCGCUACCCUGCUUACCAACAACCUCAACCUGCUCUUCCUCGGGCGCAUCUUGGGCGGCAUGUCCGGAACUUUGCUCUGGAGUGUGUUUGAGAGCUGGAUGGUGGCCGAGUUCAAUUCGUUGAUGCUGCCGGAUGCCGAGCCCAUUCUCAGUGGAAUCCUCGGCACCCUGACGACGGCGAACAGCUUUGUUGCCAUCUUUGCAGGCAUUCUCGCCGAGUGGCUUGUGAGGACUGCCGGGACGGCCAAGGCGCCGUUUAUGGCGUCUACGGCCUGCUUGCUGGUUGCUUUUGCGGCGAUUGCAAAGUGUUGGGGCGAGAAUUAUGGCUCUAGCUGUCACAGCUCGGUUGAAGAGGCUACGCUGCUUCGCCAGGAAGAGGCUGAUUCCUCCCCUGCGCCCGCUUCACCGCUACGAAUGAUCCUGCAUGAUCGCAAGAUUUUGAUAUUGGCUUUAGUUUCGUGCUUCUUUGAAGGCUCGCUCUUCCUCUUCAUCUUCUUCAAGUUCCCGGCGUUGAAGUUGAGCCAUAAGCUCUCUGGAGCCACCCAAGAACUACCCUUUGGCCUCAUCUUCGCCAUCUUGAUGUGCUCGAUGAUGUUUGGAUCCAUGCUGUACAAGCGCCUCUCCACCUCGGCCACACCCAUGGCCGCCUCCAAGAUCCUCACCGGCCUUCUCGGCCUCGCUUCCGCUUCCCUAUUCGCACCCGCCUACUUCCGGGACGAGCGGAUUACACUUUGGUGUUUCUGCGUCUUCGAGCUAUGCUGCGGCAUCUACUACCCCGUCAUGGGCUCGCUCAAAGGCAAGCUCAUCGACGACGGCGCAAGAGCAAGCAUCUACGGUAUCCUCCGCGUUCCCCUCAACAUCUUCGUUGUCCUCGCCUUGAGCACAACACAAGAAGGCGAAUCGCACCGGAACAUGGUUUUUACCACCUGCGGACUCUUGCUCUCCGUCGCCGCAGGCGUCGUGCACACUACACUCUCAUGA